CUUGUCGGCUCACCAUGGCGAGUCGGCUUCUGUUGUCACCCAUUCUGUCAUCAGCAGUGCGUCUAUCAAGACUUUCAGGUUGUAUUCGUGGUUGUUGGACUCGACGCAUAGCUACCGAAACAGCAUCAUUUAGACAUAUUCAGUAUGAGGUUCACGAUGAUGUCGCUGUCUUGCGUAUGAACACACCCAAUGAAAAGCUGAACUCCAUAUCUCAGGAUUUCUUUCUUGACAUGGUUGAGGCUUGCAAGAAGGCCAAUGCAAAUGAGAAUGUCAAAGCAAUGGUAGCGAUAUCAGGCAAACCGGGAUGUUUUAUUGCAGGAGCAGAUAUCAGGAUGCUGUCAAGUUUCACUGAUAGUGAUAAGAUUUCAAAUCAGUUGAAAGAGUUGCAUGACAUGUGGGACCAGCUUGAGGGUGGUCAAAAACCAAUUGUUGCAGCCAUUCAUGGUGUUUGUCUUGGAGGUGGCUUAGAGGUGGCAUUGAAAUGUCAAUACAGAAUAGCUACCAAUCACAAGAAAACGAUUCUCGGCCUACCUGAAGUAAUGUUAGGACUAUUACCGGGAGCAGGAGGAACUCAACUAACUCCCAGAAUGGUUGGCUUGCCUGCUGCACUUGAUAUGAUGUUGACUGGAAAGAACAUUCGACCUAUUCGAGCAAAGAAAAUGGGAUUAGUUGAUCAAAUUGUUGAACCAUUAGGACCGGGGACCAAGUCACCGGAAGAAAGAACAAUGGACUAUUUGGAAGAAGUAGCCAUACAAGCUGCCAGGGGACUAGCAGAUGGAACUGUAACACGCCCUGAGCUAUCAAAAUACAGUUUCAAAGGACUGCAGUAUUGGUUGACAACAGAAUUUAAGUAUGGGAGACAGUAUGCUUUAAAGGAAGCUCGAAAACAGGUUAUGAAGAUGACAUCUGGUAAUUAUCCGGCCCCUUUGAAGAUCCUUGAUGUUGUGAAAGUUGGGCUUGAUAAGGGAUUGACAGAAGGAACACAGGCCGAACGACAGGGCUUUGUUGAACUCUUGCAAACUUCUGAGUCCAAGUCGCUGAUCAGUUUGUUUUUCGGGCAGAGAGAGUGUCAGAAGAAUCGGUUUGGAAAUCCAGAGAGACCAGUUCGGACGGUUGGAGUUCUCGGUGCAGGUCUAAUGGGAGCUGGAGUUGCUCAGGUGAGUAUUGACAAGGCUGGCCACAAUGUUUUGUUGAAAGAUACGACAGAACAAGGACUAGUUCGUGGCAUAGAGCAAAUCUACAAGAACAUUUCUGGUAGAGUAAAGAAGAAGCAAAUGACUGGCUAUGAGAGAGACCAAUUGCUUUCAAAGUACACCACCCAGCUGGACUACACAGAUUUUGAUAAGACAGAUUUGGUCAUUGAAGCUGUUUUCGAAGAUCUUGACUUGAAGCACAAAGUGCUGAAAGAUGUCGAACAGCAUAUUGGCGACCAUUGUGUAUUUGCAUCAAAUACAUCAGCUUUACCAAUAACAAAGAUUGCUGAAGUGAGCAAGCGACCUGACAGAGUGAUUGGGAUGCACUACUUCUCUCCAGUUGACAAGAUGCCACUUCUUGAGGUCAUCACAACGGAUAAGACAUCCAAAGACACAGCAGCUGUUGCUGUGAGUGCUGGCUUGAAGCAAGGAAAAACUGUCAUAGUUGUCAAGGAUAGUCCAGGAUUCUACACUACUCGUAUCUUGGGCCCAAUGAUUGCAGAACAAAUGAGGCUCUGCCAGGAGGGUCUACCACCGAAAGACCUGGACAAAAUGUCAAAGAAAUGUGGAUUUCCUAUUGGAUUGGCUACUCUAGCUGACGAGGUUGGUCUGGAUGUUGCAUCUCAUGUGGCCGAGUUUCUAGGCAAGUCAUUCGGUGCACGAUUUGGCGGAGCUGAUGAGAAGUUACUGCAUGAUUUGGUUUCACAAGGAAUGCUGGGUCGGAAGACUGGGAAGGGCAUAUAUGUGUACUCGGGAUCAAAGUCGAAAGAUCGGGAGGUAAACAAGGAUGCAGAGGACAUAAUGAGAAAAUAUAAAAUUGAACCAAAACAGAAUCUUUCCUUUGAAAACGUUCGUAUGAGACUGUUGUCGAGACUAGUCAAUGAAGCAGUCUUUUGUCUACAAGAGGGAAUUCUCAAUAGUCCGACUGAUGGCGACAUAGGUGCAGUAUUCGGUGUUGGAUUCCCACCUUUCCUAGGAGGUCCGUUUCGUUUCGUUGAUUCAUAUGGAGCUCAAAAGCUUGCAGACAACAUCCUCAAGUUUCGUGAGGUGCAUGGUGAGCACUUUGAGGUUGCCCCAAUGCUGUUGGACUAUGCCAAGCAAAGCAAGACCUUCUACAGCAAGUGACAAUGAUUAACUAAUUUUUGCUGUAUUGUGAUGUCACUAUACUUAAUGUAUCAAUUUUCUUAGUUUCGGAA